GCCUCUUCUCGUGGUAUUUCAGGUCUUUUUCCUUCUGACCCCCACUGCCCCCUGAGACCUUCACUGUGACUCUGCUCACCACCCACACUCUCUCCUGUCACUCUGGAUCUCUUUUCCUGUACUCUGGGUCCUCAGUAUGACUCCAUUCCCGCACUCCGUCCUCUCUCCUGGUGUUCCCCCGGCUCAGUUACUCAGCUUUCGCUGGAGACCUGAGCUUGCUGGGGGCGCGUGGGGAGGGCUGCGGUCCCUCCCCUCACCAGUGCGGCGCCUCUCUCUGUGGCUCCCACGUUCCUCGGCAGUUCUCCAUAUUUCCCCCCCGGUACUCCAUGGUACUCCCAGUCUUUGCGGAGGCUGAGACGGCAGCAGGAAGGGAGCUUUGCCAGGUUUCUCGCCUGCCCUGCCAGAAGGAGGCCCUUGAUCCUUUACCACCGUCUCCUCCCCUCUGGACGAGCAUUCAAGCCUGGGGCUGCCUGAAAGGGGCAGUCCUACCGGACACAUGUGACGGCCCUGCUCGGGAGGCCCUCCAGUCUCUGAGCCAGCGGCUUCGGGUGCAGGAGCAGGAGAUGGAACUGGUAAAGGCAGCCCUGGCAGAAGCCCUUCGCCUGCUGCGGCUGCAGGUGCCCCCUUCCUCCCUGCAGGGCUCUGGCACACCAGCUCCUCCGGGGGACAGUCUUGCAGCGCCCCCAGGACUGCCACCCACGUGCACCCCUUCCUUGGUGAGCCGAGGCACCCAGACGGAGACAGAGGUGGAGCUCAAGUCAUCCCCUGGACCCCCUGGCCUGAGCAAUGGACCCCCAGCCCCUCAGGGGGCCAGCGAAGAGCCUGGUGGGACCCAAUCUGAAGGAGGGGGCAGCAGCAGCAGUGGUGCUGGCUCCCCUGGCCCCCCGGGGAUCCUCAGGCCCCUGCAGCCCCCACAGCGUGCUGACACGCCGCGAAGAAAUUCUUCCUCCUCCUCAUCCCCCUCAGAGCGGCCUCGGCAGAAGCUCUCCAGGAAGGCAAUCUCCUCCGCCAACCUGUUAGUGCGGUCCGGGAGCACAGAGAGCCGUGGGGGAAAAGACCCCCUCUCCAGCCCUGGGGGCCCUGGAUCUCGGAGGAGCAAUUACAAUUUGGAAGGCAUCUCAGUGAAGAUGUUCCUUCGAGGGCGCCCCAUUACCAUGUACAUCCCGUCUGGCAUCCGCAGCCUUGAGGAGCUGCCGAGUGGCCCACCGCCAGAGACCCUCAGCCUUGACUGGGUUUAUGGGUACAGAGGUCGUGACUCCCGCUCUAAUCUGUUUGUGCUGCGCUCUGGGGAGGUGGUCUACUUUAUCGCCUGUGUGGUGGUGCUGUACCGGCCUGGAGGAGGCCCAGGGGGUCCUGGAGGUGGCGGCCAGAGACAUUACCGGGGGCACACAGACUGCGUUCGAUGCCUUGCUGUUCACCCUGAUGGUGUUCGGGUAGCCUCGGGACAGACAGCUGGAGUGGAUAAGGAUGGAAAGCCCCUGCAGCCUGUGGUUCACAUCUGGGACUCAGAGACGCUGUUGAAACUGCAGGAGAUUGGACUGGGGGCCUUCGAGCGGGGUGUUGGGGCCCUGGCCUUUUCAGCUGCGGAUCAGGGUGCCUUUCUUUGUGUGGUGGAUGAUUCCAAUGAGCACAUGCUGUCGGUGUGGGACUGCAGCCGGGGAAUGAAGCUGGCUGAGAUCAAGAGUACAAAUGACUCAGUCCUGGCCGUUGGCUUCAACCCUCGUGACAGCAGCUGCAUCGUCACCAGUGGGAAAUCUCACGUCCACUUCUGGAAUUGGAGUGGUGGAGUAGGGGUUCCUGGGAAUGGGACCCUUACCCGGAAACAGGGUGUCUUUGGGAAAUACAAGAAACCCAAGUUUAUCCCUUGCUUUGUGUUCCUUCCGGAUGGAGACAUUCUCACUGGAGACUCAGAGGGGAACAUUCUCACCUGGGGGCGGAGCCCUUCAGAUUCCAAGACCCCAGGCAGGGGUGGCGCCAAAGAGACUUAUGGGAUUGUGGCCCAGGCUCACGCUCAUGAAGGUUCUAUCUUCGCCUUGUGUCUCCGGAGGGACGGGACAGUGCUGAGUGGUGGCGGGCGGGACCGCCGGCUGGUACAGUGGGGGCCCGGGUUGGUGGCCCUCCAGGAGGCUGAGAUUCCCGAGCACUUUGGGGCCGUGCGAGCCAUUGCUGAAGGGCUUGGCUCUGAGCUGCUGGUGGGAACCACGAAGAAUGCAUUGCUGAGGGGAGAUCUGGCCCAGGGCUUCUCUCCUGUAAUCCAGGGCCACACUGAUGAGCUCUGGGGGCUCUGCACACACCCCUCCCAGAACCGCUUCCUCACCUGCGGCCACGACCGGCAGCUCUGCCUGUGGGAUGGGGAGAGCCAUGCACUGGCCUGGAGCAUCGACCUCAAGGAGACUGGUCUCUGUGCUGACUUCCACCCGAGUGGGGCAGUUGUGGCCGUAGGACUGAACACGGGGAGGUGGUUGGUUUUGGACACAGAGACCAGAGAGAUCGUGUCUGAUGUCAUUGAUGGCAAUGAGCAGCUCUCAGUGGUCCGGUACAGCCCAGAUGGGUUGUACCUGGCCAUUGGUUCCCAUGACAACGUGAUCUACAUCUAUAGUGUUUCCAGUGAUGGUGCCAAAUCCAGCCGCUUUGGCCGCUGUAUGGGUCACUCCAGCUUCAUCACUCAUCUUGACUGGUCCAAGGAUGGGAAUUUCAUCAUGUCCAAUUCUGGGGACUAUGAGAUUCUUUACUGGGACGUGGCUGGAGGCUGCAAGCAGCUGAAGAAUCGCUAUGAGAGCCGAGACCGGGAAUGGGCUACCUACACCUGUGUGCUGGGUUUUCACGUCUACGGCGUCUGGCCGGACGGCUCCGAUGGGACCGACAUCAACUCCCUGUGCCGCUCCCACAACGAGCGCGUGGUGGCGGUGGCCGACGACUUCUGCAAAGUGCAUCUCUUCCAGUACCCGUGCGCUCGUGCCAAGGCGCCGAGCCGCAUGUACGGGGGCCACGGCAGCCACGUGACCAGCGUCCGAUUCACGCACGACGACUCGCACCUCGUCUCGCUGGGCGGCAAGGACGCCAGCAUCUUCCAGUGGCGAGUGCUGGGCGCUGGGGGCGCGGGGCCGGCGCCCGCCACGCCCUCUCGAACCCCCUCCCUGUCCCCCGCCUCCUCCCUCGACGUUUGAUCGCUGCCUGGCGGGACCGACUGGCCCGGCGGCGUGGCCCCGCCCCGCCCUGCCCUUCCCUGCCCUAAUCCCCCACGACUAGGGGCCGACUCUUUCCUCGACUGACUUCGAGACAUUCCCGAUCGCGCAUUUCCCUGGAGGGCGCGAACGGCGCCCCUGCACACACUGUUUAGACCCGCUGGCUGAGCCGGGCAGCCCCAGCCUAGGCCUUGACUCCCGCUGCCUGCUGAGGGGCAAUAAACCAGAACCAAAGUCGC